AGGAGCCAAUAAGGAGUAUCAGCGGUCGUUUCUGAGAAUGCUUGUCUUUGCAUUUCCUUCAAAGUCAUGUAAAAAUGUAUAGUUUAAAUGUAUAAACCCUGAUAAUUAGUGAAAGAAAAAAGAGCGUGUAAAUUUGCGGGAUCAAGACAGUUUUAUUGAUAACAUAAAAAAACAAUAACUUAUUUAUUGAAUAUAUUUUUAUUAUUAAUCAGAAUCAGCAAAAAUAAUUAAAGCUGAAAAAUAAAAGUUGAGCCGUAUAAAGUCCAGCACUUUCCUCUGUGACGUAGUGGAAGCAUAAAGUAGCAGAAAAUGUAAAUACUCAAAUUAAUACCUGAAAUUUGCACUGGACUUUGGUGCUUGAGUAAACGUUCUGCAGUUCCUCCAUAGGACUAAUUCGGUUUUCUAUCUUUAACCAUCGUUGGGAAUUCACAACAAAAUACCUGAAACUAUUUUUACCCCGCACGUUUCUUUAAAAUAAACGUUGUCAGAGGUCAUAGUGGAAGAAGAACAAACAUCGUCACCACUUUCUCCGGACAGAGAGGACGCAUUACCCGGCAAUGCGUUAUUUAAACACUAUACAAAGACACAAUAUAUACAAUACACACAGCGCCGACCAGGUCUGACCUGUAGAUGAACCGGCUGACUGUGAAUUCCCCUCCGAACGUUAAACAGGCCGGAACAAACAAUGUAAAGCUGAGAGAGCGUGUGGGCUCUCUGAUUUUAUCAUGAGGAAGUUUCAUUAUCAGAAAUAUGAAAACAGUGAGAAAAAAGUUAUCCUUAAUAAUUCCUCAAAUGGACCUGAAUUAUUUUAUAUAUUAACGUUUAAUGCGUUUAAUAGAAAAACUGUGAUUUUCUUUUGUUCAGUAGAAACUGGCAUUAACUUUUUUUCAUAUUUUUUGCUUUACAUAGUGUUAAAAAGGUCAGAUAAUGUCAUUCCUCAGGUUUCAUUAUCUGAUACCUUCAGUCUCAGUUUGAGUCUCUACCCACGAAACUACAAAAAUAACUCAUGGCUUCACAACAAAGUACUUUUUUUUUAGAUAGCGCAGUUUACUCUGAGUGUGGAACAAUAUUUUCUUCAAUAAAUGAAAUCAGUUCAAGUGAAAAUUUACUUGCAGGUACGUCAAGUCAGGUCGAUUUUAUUUAUUAAGCCCGUUAUCACAAAUCACAAAUUGCUUGCUCGACAUCCCUCUGUCCUUAAACGAUAGACUGACGUGCGAUAGGUGUCGUAAAAGUAAUUAAAUUACAGGUCAUAGAUAUAAAAUUAAUAAUUAAUAAAUGCAAUAAACUGAGUACUAAAUAAAUAAUUAGAUGCAGGUUAAGUAGCCUCAUAACACAGGACUCACUGCUGAGCUUAAUAAUGGUAACUAACAGAUGUUAGGUCAGAAAUUAUAAUAAUACAGUGUUUAAAUUUUAUGUAUAUGUGUAUAUACAUGUUUUAUUUUACAGCUGGUGCAACAACCUGUAGAUCUUCAACAGAAAUAUAUCAAAGUUAUGUUUGUUAAAAUCAGCGGUGCAAGAAAACUUUCUGAAUUGUUCUCAAACACCAAACAUCCUCCGACGAUGUUCAGCUGAAUACAAUCAGACGUCUAUUAAAAUCCUUUUUGGAUUUAUCUCAAACUUUCAGCUUUUAUGCUCAGUCGCUGCUUUUCAUAGCGUGUCAUUUCCCUUUCAUGGCUCACCGAAUGUUCCACUUUAGAUUGUUUCUUUCUCACUAUGUACAAUAUGUUGCAAUAUGUCCUGACUAAUGUCUCUUCUCGUGACGCACAAGUGGUGUAACACAUGAUCUGAUGAGUUUAUGGAACAAAUACGAAAAAUGGUGCAAAAGAAACAGCGGUUUAAUGAGAGUUGUGCUGCUACAGACCGGAAACUAGUAAAUAUGAGCAAUUCAAAAUGAGAUUUCUUUCAGAAUGAGUGAGUUUAUUCUGAUGUUGAUGUUUACUUGGAGCACUUUAAUUAUUAUUGAGCUCAUUCUGGAUCAAACACAGCACGUAAAUACAAUAGAAAUAUGUCUUUUUGUCGAUUAUGUAGGUCUAAAGAGUCAGCUGAUGACAGUUGAAGGAUAUCUGCAGCUCCAUUUUUAGCCGUGAAGUCUUUAAUCCUGCUAUCAGUCUCUGAAGGAUUCACACGCCCACGCCCAACACAGUGAUGAAAUUACAUGAGAAAAAGUCACUUGAUCCUUUACUACACACCCGGAAAAAAACUGCCAGGAAAACCUGCUGUCUGACAGGAAAAUGCUGAUGCUCAAAAAGAUUGGACACGGAAGAAACUGGGGGGAAAACCUGCGUUACUGCGCUGGCACCAAUCAGCGAGCAGAGUGGGCGUUUCUAUUAUGUCACUGAUGCCAGUAUUCCUCAGCAGUACUGUUGUGGAGUCCCACAGGGAUCUAUACUCGGUCCUUUUUUGUUCUCUUUUUGAAAGCUUCCUUCUUAGAUAUCAUCUGCAGUAUUUAUCGGUGUUAUGCAGAUGAUAUGCUGCUGCAAAUCCUGAGAAAGUCUGCUGUUACAUAAUAUCAUUAUUUCCUUAUUUCUUUAUUUCCUUAUUUCCACAGUAGGAUUUGGCAUCGUAUGUUUCUGCGAAACAUGGAUACAUUACAAUUGUAUUUUAUUAUAUAGCAGAUAGGUUAAACUUUGUUUAAAAAAUGCUGCAGUUAACGUGUGGUUAGGUUUAGGAGCCCCUUCUCAUUCCAGAGUCAUCAAAUACAACCGUUUUGCUCUUAGCGUAAGAUCCCAAUCCGGAUGGGUCCCACAAUCCCGGACUUUGAUGCAAGAGUCCGGUGAGGGUCAGUUUACACAGCAACACUUCUUGCAUGAAACAUGAAACUUGUAUUGCAGUUUGGGCUGUCGUUCACACGACAGUAGCAUUCUGUGGGCCUGAAAACGCAAACUUUUAAAACCAGGUUUCAGAGUGUAAUUUUUUUUAAAACGCCCUCUGUCACCAUCUAAACUGGGAACGAUGACUUCAAAGCUGCAUCUCACACAUGCGCAUUACGUUUCAGUGAAAAACAGCCAUGCACGAGGACAACAACAUCAAUGAUGGCAGACUCCCGAGAUGUGUUUGUGCUGCCGACUGUACUGAGUUCAUUAACGCUGCCGGUUCUUGUGCGUCGCCAUCGUCCUGUUUGUUUAUACUCACCGCUCUGUAGAAAAACGCCUUGAUGUGCAUGCACAUGGUGUUCUUUUAUGGUGUCAUUACAAAGUUACACUGACAACUACUGGGUCUGGCGUGCAUACUACAGCAUUUUCGGUUGUUUUUGCAGAUCCGUGUACACGGUGAUCGUUCUUACAGUGUUAUCAUAUGAAUGCCAAUUUCUUUUUAAAAAGACUAGCAAUUGCCAGCUGACACAAAGAAGAACAGCGGCUGUAAAUAUCAGCAAAUUGGAAAAAACAAAAAGAUUUGGGAGCUCCUUCCCCUCCGAGCAGAGGAUGAGAUCAGCCACCAUGUAACAGAGAAGAGGUGGGCGGAGGAUUGAUCUGUAUAAAAGGACGGCGUGCAGAGACGUUUUCACAGCAGCAUCGACUGACAGUUGAAAACACUCUGACUCCUGAAAGGAUUAAGAUCACUCAUCCACCUGAAAGAUGAAACACGUCGCCGCCUCACUCGCCUCCUUCCUCCGUCUGGCCGCCGCCAUGCUCGUCAUCCUGGCGCUGCUUCUGAUUGGUUGCGUCGAGCAGGCGGCAGCGCACCCUGUUGACCGGUCGCUCAGCCAGCCGCUACAAAACGAGGAGACGUACAUAGCUGUCCAGGACGUAUCCCAACAUGCUCAGGGUCUGCAGACGGAGGACGACUCCAGCGUCAGACUGAUGCCCCGAGUCAACACCGACCAGGACCACCUGAAGAUCUGCUGCCUCCACGCCAACAUCCUCGACUACUACCUGAACAACAUCCUGCGUCACCGUAGCAACGCGCAUCCCAAAAUGCACCGGCUGAUGACCGACCUGCACCGCGUCAGCGAGGACCUGCAGACUCAAGGAUGUAACGUGACUCACUAUCAUGACCAUCAUCACGCUGUGGAGUUUCGCAAGAAGCUCGACAAGAUGGGAGGCGAGCGAGGAAUUAACAAAGCCGUGGGAGAGAUCGACAUCCUGUUCACUUACCUGCAGGACUUCUGCGUCCAGCCGAGAAACUCCACCGACGCCGCCGCAAACUGACGCGUCGACUGUUUCUACUGAACAAACAGCAGCUAUUUAUCAUAUUUAUCACCUUCAUUA